GAUGAGGAAAGUCACAUGGAGACAACUUUCCCACUGGAGUCCGGCUGGUGGGGAACUCCUCAGUCACGCUGCAGCCGCGUCUCAUCCCUUUGACAAACUUUUCUUUUAUCCUGCUUUUUUAUAGACUGUUUCCUCGCGGACGUAGCUCAUGAAAACACCGGUUGCACGCUCACUCUCCACGCUGAAAACUUUGUGCAUUGAAUCCCAGUUUGUGAUGUAAAACCUUGCCGAGCUGCUGCAUUCACUGACCCAACAAUGACCGAGGAAAACAGGAGUGAGCACCGGGCUGAAAGCGGGAAGGAUUUGGAGAAACAGCUCCGGUUACGCGUGUGCGUCUUGAACGAGCUUUUAAAGACCGAGCGGGACUAUGUCGGGACGCUGGAGUUUCUCUCGGUGUUUCUGCAUCGUCUCAACCAGUAUGCAGCCACCAAAGUCGACAAGAACAUCACAGAGGAGACGGUUAAGGUUCUAUUCUCUAACAUUGAGGAGAUCCUGGCUGUGCAUAAAGACUUCCUGUCCAUGGUGGAGGAGCUGCUUCACCCUGACCCUCACGCCCAUCACGAGAUCGGACGCUGCUUCUUGCACUUUAGGAGUCGAUUCCAGAUUUAUGAUGAAUACUGCGGGAACCACGAAAAGGCUCAGCGACUGCUCCUGGAGCUCAAUAAGAUCAGAAGUGUUCGGACAUGUUUACUGAAUUGCAUGUUGCUGGGUGGCAGGACCAACACAGAGGUCCCCCUUGAAGGCUACCUGGUGGCUCCCAUCCAGCGAAUCUGCAAAUACCCACUGCUGCUCAAAGAGCUGUUGAAGAGGACGCCUAGAAAGCACAAUGACUACAGCCCAGUCCAUGAAUCUCUGCAGGUGAUGAAGUCUGUGUGCUCCAGCAUCAAUGAAGCCAAAAGGCAAAUGGAAAAGCUGGAGAUUUUAGAAGAAUGGCAAUCACACAUUGAAGGCUGGGAGGGGUCCAAUAUCACAGACACAUGCACUGAGAUGCUCAUGCAGGGAGUACUGCUCAAGAUAUCGGCCGGAAAUAUUCAAGAGAGGAUCUUCUUUCUGUUUGACAAGCUCCUGGUCUACUGCAAGAAAAAGAACAGACGUUUGAAAAACAGCAAAACUGCUACAGAGGGUCCCAGAUACCUGUUCAGGGGAAGGAUCAACACUGAAGUUAUGGAGGUGGAAAAUGUGGACGAUGGCACUGCGGAUUACCACAGCAGCGGCAACAUCGUGAACAACGGCUGGAAGAUUCACAACACGGCCAAGAACAAGUGGUUUGUCUGCAUGGCCAAGACUCCAGAGGAAAAGCAGGAGUGGCUGGAGGCUAUUAUGAAGGAGCGAGAACGCAGGAAAAGUCUGAGGUUGGGCAUGGAGCAGGACACUUGGGUGAUGGUGUCAGAGAAAGGAGAGAAACUCUACCAACUCAUGACCAAAGGAAACUUGAUUAAAGACAGAAAACGUAAGCUCUCAACGUUCCCCAAGUGCUUCUUAGGAAGUGAGUUUGUGUCGUGGCUGAUGGAGAUCGGAGAGACGGGUAACCCAGAGGAGGGAGUGCACUUGGGGCAGGCCCUGCUUGAGAACGGAAUCAUCCACCACGUCACAGACAAGCAUCAGUUCAAGCCUGAGCCAGUUCUGUACCGUUUUCGCUAUGACGAUGGGACGUACCAUCCCAGGAGCGACAUGCAGGAUGUCAUCUCCAAAGGAGUACGUCUGUUCUGCCGCCUUCACAGCCUUUUCACUCCUGUCAUCAGAGAUAAAGACUACCAUCUUCGAACUUAUAAAUCUGUGGUGAUGGCCAACAAACUCAUAGACUGGCUGUUAGCUCAGGGUGACUGCAAAACCAGGGAAGAGGCAUUGAUCUUAGGAGUGGAGCUGUGCGACAAUGGAUUCAUGCAUCACGUGCUGGAGAAGAGCGACUUCAAGGACGAGCCCCUGUUGUUUCGCUUCUUCGCUGAUGAGGAGAUGGAGGGCUCCAACACCAAACACAAACCAAUGAAGCACGACUUGAAAAUCCUUGAGAAUGUCAUCGCCAAGUCUCUCCUGAUAAGACCAAGUGAAGGAGGAUAUGGCUUUACACUUGAGGAGAGAAACAGAGUGCCCAUCAUCAAAUCUGUGGAAAGGGGGUCGACAGCAGAGAUGGCUGGUCUGGAAGUGGGGAGGAAGCUGUUUGCCAUAAAUGGAGACUUGGUGUUUCUUAGACCUUUCUCAGAGGUGGAGGUUCUUCUACGGCAAUGUUUCAACAGCAAAGGACCUAUCAGUGUUCUAGUCAGCACCAAGCCAAGAGAAACAGUGAAGAUCCCAGACUCGGCGGACGGUCUGGGGUUCCAGAUCCGAGGCUUUGGUCCAUCUGUGGUCCAUGCAGUGGGCAGAGGCACUGUGGCAGCCAUCGCCGGUCUGCACCCAGGACAGUGCAUCAUCAAGGUGAACGGGAUCAAUGUGAGCAAGGAGAGCCACGCCAGCGUCAUUGCCCACGUCACAGCCUGCAGGAAGUACAGAAGACCUACGCAGCAAGAUACUAUCAACUGGGUCUACAACUCCAGUGAGAGUGCACAAGAAGACCAGAAAAACAACAACAACCAAAAACCAGUGGCAGAGGAGAAUGGAGACGGCUUUGAAUGCCAAGUGGAAGAGGUCAUAGACAAGUUCAACACCAUAGCAAUUAUUGAUGGGAAAAAGGACCACGUGAGCCUGACUGUGGACAAUGUGCACCUGGAGUAUGGAGUGGUCUAUGAGUAUGACAGCACUGCAGGGAUGAAGUGCCACGUGCUGGAGAAGAUGGUGGAGCCUAAGGGGUUCUUCAGUCUCACUGCAAAGAUCUUGGAGGCGCUGGCUCGUAAUGACGACAUGCUGGUGCAGAUGUGUGGCAGGCUGAGCUCCAGCUGUGAUGUGGUCCCUGAGGAGCUACUCGUCCGCUUCAGUGCCAUGUGCAGUGAGAGGGUGGAGCACAUCAACCGCCGCAUCACCAACUACAGGAAGUUUUCACGUGUCUUGAAGAACAGAGCCUGGCCAACCUUUAAACAAGCCAAGACCAAGGUGUCUCCUCUCCACAGCAGCGACUUCUGUCCCACCAACUGUCACAUCAACAUCAUGGAGGUCUCCUAUCCUAAAACCACCACCUCUCUGGGCAGUGCUUUUGGCGUGCAACUGGACAACCGAAGGAGCACUUUAGAAAGGGCCGCACGACACACUGCUGAGCAAGGUAAACUAAAUCCCAUGGUGAACGUCCAGCACACUAUCACAAGCAUGGCAGCCCCAUCUGGACACAGCCUAGGCCGGACAGAGGGUCACGGCCUUCGCUUCUUGCUCAGAGAAGAGGACCUGCUCACACUGGACGCUUACCAAAAACUUCUGUACAAACUCACCACUGUUGUCAAGGAGAUGGAGACCCACGGUGCACAUAUUCAUGAUCUAUUAUCAUCCAUCACAAACCCUGCAGCCUCAGAAAACCGCACACAAGAGAGCUACAUCUCAGCAGAGAGUGAGAGCGAGAAGAGCGAACGCAACGGGAAAAAGGUCUGCUUCAAUGUGGCGGGUGAUGAACAGGAGGACUCUGGUCAUGAUACUAUCAGCAACAGAGACUCUUAUAGUGACUGUAAUAGCAACAGAAACUCCAUAGCUUCCUUUACGAGCAUCUGCAGCAGUCACUGUAGCUCCUAUGUCCACAGUGAUGAAUUGGACUCAGGGGAUGAGAUGCCAUCCAGUGUGUGGUUGACCCAUGAUAAACAAAAGAAGUUGCACAGUUUCCUGGAGCACCUUUUCAGUCAGGUGGAUUCCAUCACCAGCCUGCUGAGAGGAGCUGUGGUGGCCCGUGCAUUUGAGCAGACCAAGUGCUUCACACCAGGAAGAGGGCUGCAGGAUUUCUUGCAGGAGUUGGACCCAAAGGUGAACUGCUCUAAAAAGCUGCGUCUUCAUGUGAAACAGGACCCGUGGAACCUCCCCAGCAGUGUCCAGGCGCUCACUCAAACCAUCGCCAAGUCCACAGAAGAGGUGAAGACACGACUGCUCUUAGUCCUACUGCAGUACACAGACUCAGAGAUCCAGCUGCGGAGGGACAUGGUCUUCUGCCAGUCUUUAGUUGGUGCAGUGUGUGCUUUUUCCGAGCAUCUACUAACUGUCCUCAAACAGUUCCACAGUUCAGGAAGAGACUCAGAGGCAGAUGGUUUGGACCCCCAGGACCUGCAGGAGGCCCAGGAAACCAGCCGUCGGUGGUUAGAACAAAUAUCUAGUACUGGUCUGCUGUUACACUUCCAGUCACUGCUCUCUCCAAAUCUGACGGAUGAGCAGGCCAUGCUGGAGGACACUCAGGUGGCCCUCAUUGACCUGGAAAAAGUAACAUUCUAUUUCCAGCAAUUUGAAGGAGAGCCUCUGGUAGCAAACAUGCCCAUUUCGUACCAGGUGGAAGGCACUCGACAGGCCUUAAGGGUGUGCUUCUACUUGGAGAGCUUUUACUUUUCUCAGCUGCCUCCAAGGCUUAAAAAUGGUGGUGCAAUUAAAAUAUACCCGGCCCUGUUCACACAAGCACUGGAGAGCAUGGAAGGAUACUACUACCGUGACAAUGUGUCAGUGGAGGAAUACCAGGCUCAAAUCAAUGCUGUCUCUCUGGAGAAGGUCAAACAGUACUACAAGAGAUUGAGGGCAUUUUAUCUGGACCAGUCUAAUAUGUCGCCCAGCUCUGCCCCAAAAGCUGCUCUCAUAGAUAAGCUGAUGCGGCCUUUGAACGCUGUGGACGAGCUCUACCGUCUGAUGGAGAGUUUCAUCAGCUGCCGGCGCACGGCUGCCUGUCAGUACACUGCCUGCAGGGCAUCAGGAGUAGGGCUGCUCAGUGUGGCCUCGGAGCUCUGCUCACGUCUGGGGGCCACUCACAUUGUCAUGUGUAAUAGCGGGGUCCAUCGCUGCACUUUGAGCGUGACACUGGAGCAGGCCAUCAUCCUAGCCAGGAACCAUGGACUGCCCCCACGGUGCAUCAUGCAGACCACUGAUGUCAUGAGGAAACAGGGAGCAAGGUGUCAAAAUUCAGCUAAGAAUCUGGGAAUAAGGGACCGCACACCUUCGUCUGUCCCAAGGUUGUACAAGCUUUGUCAGCCUCCUCCUCCAGACAGCGACCCCUGAGUGGCCCUCCACUUGAAAGCCUUGAAACCCCCUGUGCCAAUGAAGGAUCAACACAACCACACUUACCCUUUCGUACAUCGCUGCCUUAAGUGUAAAUAGACAGAAAUGUCGUAAAUAGUAUUUUAUUACAUAUUAUAUUUUUCCAUAUUUUUAUUUUGCUAUCAUCUGUAAGCCAUUGUGACAUUGAAAAAGUAUUUAGAGUUCUGUCUAAACAAUUCCACUGUCAGGCACUGGCCUCUGUAUGCAUGUUGUUUAUAAGAAGAGCUCGGGGUUGAGGAGCAUGUCUUAUUCCAGACUAAAGUACUUUACUACAGUAUUGUUUAAUAAUGUGUUUUAUAAUUUCCUUUAACAUGCUGUGUUUCUCCUGUAAAUAUAUGGGAAAGUUGGGAGUUUUGAUGCAUGCCUUACAUAAUAAUAAUGUGUAUCAUUAUUAACAGCCAGUACAUGGUAGGACAUAUAGUCAUGCCAUCUAUACCAUGUAAUAUUCACAAUACUCAGGACAUUUGUCUGUGUAAAUGAACAUAUGCCACUGUAGAAUGAAGGAAUAGUUCUCUAUGCAACAGACAAUAAAGCUAAAGCUCCAGCUGUGUCUCAAA